AUGAAUAUUUCAGAUGAAGAGUUAAAGAAAUUAAUUUCAGAAAAUGCUCAUAGAUUUAUGAACGAAAGUAAUAGAGCAACAUUCUUACCAAAUAUAAGACCUAUUCCACCAUACGAUGAAAUGCAAUUUAAAAUUAUGGACAAUUGUAUCGUACAUGGUGUCAGAGGUUUGGUAAUGGGUGCUGGUUUUGGUUUCUUUUUUGGUGCAUUAUUUACACCAAAUUCAGGUUUCAAUCCAGAACCAACCACUCCAACACCAAUUUGGAGACAAGUUAUCGAUGGUUUUAAAGAACAAGGUAGAAAUGGUGUAAGAAGUGCUAAAAGUUUAUCUGUCAUUACAUUAGUUUACACUGGUACAGAAUGUGCUAUCGAAAAAGCAAGAGGAAGAACAGACAAAUUAAAUCCAAUUUAUGCUGGUUGCACAACUGGUGCAGUUUUUGCUGGCAGAGCUGGUCCAGUUGCUGCUGCAGGUGGAUGUGUUGGUUUUGCUGUAUUUGGUAUGAUUAUGGAUCACUUUAUGUCAAGAGAUUAA